GAGAGUUCGACUGAGCUUAGGUCUUACCUUCUGUGGUGCCCAACCAUUGCAGUAACCACCAGGCGACAGUUGAAACUUUUCAUCCCAGGGCAGGACAUGAACAUCCAAUCCUCAAAUGAGGGUUUCCAUUUUACCAGCCUGGAGGCUUAGUCCACAACAUUGCUAGAAUUAGUAUUAUUGCCAACCAGUAACUAAAAGAAGUUGCAAUAAUGGAAACAGAGGUUGCCAUUGAGGAACUUGCACAGCAUCCAAAACUAUCAUGGCUUGUAAGACCUUGUGAACAUUACAAAGAGGAGUAUGGAGACUGUACAAGCAUCAAGGCUAAAUUUCACCAAUAUUUCAUUUAUGGUGAAACAAGAGACUGCUUACAGUGGAAGAAAGACUAUGAAAACUGUGUCGAGUACAGAAAGAAGAAGGAUAUGGAGGCACUGACAGCUGUGAUAGAGAGUGAGAAGAAUCGCCGAAAUGACAGAUUACGUGGUCACUACAGCAACACAGUUUGGGAGAAGAGAGAUUCCCCGCCAGAAGACUGGAAUAAAGAACUUCCAGAAUGGUUUGAAAAGGAAAGAGAGAUGUCUUUCCUAGCAAUGAAGUGCAAAGAACUGAAGGAAGGCAAGAUUUCCAAUAAUUCUACAGGAUCAACUUGCACCAUAUUAUGAUUUUAGGUAUUAAAGAUGUAAUUACUCGAUACAUGUUUUGUUUUGUAAAUAUGUUAAUAUUUGCAUAUAUUUCCAUACCUGUUUAAUUAUAGAAAUAGAAAUAAAAGGUAAAUGAA